AUGGCCACCAUCUCCGACAUCUACGGCCCGGGUGCCGCCGACAAGCCAGAGCUGAACAACAACUUCCACGUCGACUAUGUGAUCCACUUCUUGAUCCCGCCCAAGGAGCGUGACGAGGCCGAGGCCGCCUUCAUCCAGGUCAUCCAGGCCCUUGCCAGCGCCGGCUUUGCCACCGAGGUCCGCCCCGGCGGCGACCGCGCGUCCCUGCUCAUCUUCUGCAAGAUCGCCUCCGAGAAGCUGCUGCGCGCCCAGAUCUACCGCAGCCGCCUCCAGGACUACCUCUACGGCAUCCGCACCACCGCCCCGCCCAGCCGCAAGAACCAGGGCGGCGUCGAGGUCGACUACAACUCGUACUUUGCCGACGAGCCCGUCUCCGAAGCCGAGCGCCUGCGCCUCGCCUACCUGCUCAUCAGCAAGCCGCGCGCCGAGGGCGGCGCCGGCAUCACGCCCAAGGGCACGCUCGGCGCGUCCGCGUCGCCGGCCAAGGGCGGGCCCGGCGCGCGCCAGUCCAACGUGGCCGCGCAGAACAAGUUUGUCGCGUCCAUCUUCCCGCUGCACGACCACGCCUUCAACCGCGCCUGGCUGCGCAAGUGGAGCACAAAGUACAUGCUGGACGCCGCCGACCUCGACGCCAUCCGCGACAAGUUUGGCGAGCGCGUCGCCUUUUACUUUGGCUUCAUGCAGAGCUACUUUAGCUUCCUGCUGUUCCCGGCCGCCUUCGGCUUCUUUGCCUGGCUCGCCAUCGGCCAGUUCUCGUGGGUCUACGCCACCGUCAACGGCCUGUGGUCCGUCGUCUUCUUCGAGUACUGGAAGAAGCGCGAGGUCGACCUCGCCGUGCAGUGGGGCGUCCACGGCGUCUCGCAGAUCCAGCUGCCGCGCCCGCAGUUCCGCUUCGAGCGCGAGGCCAAGGACCCCGUCACCGGCGAGACCGUCAAGAUCUACUCGCCCUUCCGCCGCUUGUCGUACCAGCUGCUGCAGGUGCCCUUUGCGCUCGCCUGCGUGGCCGUCCUGGGCAGCCUCAUCAUCCUGUGCUUCUCCAUCGAGAUCUUCAUGACCGAGCUCUACAACGGGCCCUUCAAGCAGUACCUGACCUUCUUGCCCACGGUCCUGCUGACUGUCCUGCUGCCGCUGCUCACCGGCAUCCUGACCAACUUUGCCGAGCAGCUGACCAACAUUGAAAACUACGAGACCCAGGACGACCACCAGGCCGCAUUUGUGCAAAAGAUCUUUGUCAUCAACUUCAUCACCUCCUACCUGCCCGUGCUCCUGACGGCCUUUGUCUACGUGCCCUUUGGCAAGGUCCUCGUGCCCUACCUCAACGUCUUCCAGGCCGUCACGCACCGCCUCGCCGGCGCGCACAAGGGGUCUGCGGCCACCGACCACACCACCAUCCAAAAGGCCGCCUUCCAGGUCAACACGCACCGCCUCACGCAGCAGGUGAUUUCGUUGACGGUGACCGCGCAGAUUGUCAACUUCUUGACCGAGGCCAUUGUGCCCUACGUCAAGCGCAAGGUCUUCAAGGCCGCCGAGGAGAUUGCGUACCGCGGCCAGAACGACGUCACGGCCAAGGACGCGCCCGAGGAGGCCGCCUUCCUCGAGCGCGUGCGCGACGAGGCCACCCUGGCCGUCUACGACGUCUCCAUCGACUACCGCGAGAUGGUUGUCCAGUUUGGCUACCUGUCGCUCUUCUCCGUCGUCUGGCCGCUCACCGCCUGCUCGUUCCUCGUCAACAACUGGGUGGAGGCCCGCUCCGACGCCAUGAAGAUUGCCGUCAGCAGCCAGCGGCCCAUCCCCUGGCGCGGCGACUCCAUCGGUCCCUGGCUCACCUCGCUCGGCUUCCUGUCGUGGCUCGGCAGCAUCACGAGUGCCGCCAUUGUGUAUUUGUUCCGCAGCAACACCUUUGGCCCGGACCACUCGCCCUGGGACAUCAAGGCCUGGGCCCUGCUGCUGAGCAUCAUCUUUGCCGAGCAGGUCUACCACACCGUCCGCGCCGUCGUGCACUAUGUCGUCGCGAAGCUCGACAGCCCCGGCCUGCAAAAGGAACGUGCCGAGCGGUUCGCGCUGCGCAAGCGGGCGCUGGCGGAGUCGCUGGGCGAGGACGAGGCCGAGAAGGCGCUGAGCCCGGGCGUAACGGGCGGUGUCGGUGUGACAGACGCCGAGAAGAUUACGCGUGCGGCCGUCGAGGCCGAGGCGCGCGAGCUGGCGGUUAAGGGCCUGGACAAGCCGGAAGAUAUAUUCUGGCUGCGCCAGCGCGGUCCCUCCGAGUCUGUCCAGGUUGGUCGCUCCCUCAUUGCCGAGUUCACCGACACGUCCAGCAACAAUACCAUCCACAGUGGCAACACGACGACGGUUCCCGCACCGGUCAAGGAACUGUAG